AUGGCUACUGGAAAUGAUCACAUCAGAGAAGUUAGUUUGACCAGUGAGUUUGUUAGUGAGUUGGACGUCUCUGGUGUUGCAGCUUCACCUUUAAUUAUCUCUUCCCAGACACGGACAUCAGACAAGACACCAGGCACAGAUAUCACCCACAGACACCAGACACAGACAUCGGAUACGGACACCAGACAUCACACAGACAUCACACGCAGAGAACCAACAGACGCAAGUGCUCUAAGUGCCGCCAAUGAGAGCUCGCGGCUGAUGCUGUAUGAGUAUGAGUAUGAGUAUAAACAUGAUUUUGAGUAUGAGUAUGAGUAUGAGUAUGGGUACUAUUGGUCCAGACGAGACAGUGAAGCUACCAGUGUGGUUCUGCGUCGCUGCUAUAACAGUGGUAACUGCUUCCGCGUGUACUCCGGACCUUGUUUUGGGGGCACUGUUCGCAUUAUUAAGAUUUCCCUGGCUGUUAUGGGUCAUAGUGUGCCUAGUGACGUAAUGAAAUCAGAAUUGGAUGCUUGCAUUACAAAAGCUGCAGAAAAACCUGAGCUCACCUCCGUUCCGUCUUCUGCCUCGGUCGGAGGGACGAGCGAGGAUGCCCGAGUCCCACCUUGCUCUCCCCCUCAGCCUCCGUCCUCACUGUGCUGGGUCUGGUUCCCGAAAGACCCCAACCAUUACUCUGCCACUAAUGACGGUCUUCUCCGACAGGUGUCCGACGACCUGGGCUACGUGAUCUACUCGGCGCUCGGGAGCUUCUACAUCCCGAGCUGCAUCAUGAUUUUCGUCUACAUCCGCAUCUACUACGCCGCCAAGGCCCGGGCGCGGCGGGGCGUCCCGAAGAAGAAGCCGACCCCGAGCGGUGUCGGCGGUGGCGCCACCAGGCAGGUGGUCGGGAAGCCGGCCACGAAGCCCCCCAGCAAUACGAGCAUAACCCCGCCCGUCGCCACCGCCACCACCACCACCAGCUUCAGCAAGCCGCCGCCCUCGCCCUCCAACCCCGCGCACGGCAGCGAGGAGUCUUCCCGCAACGGCACGGCCACGGAGCGCACGAGCCUCCUCAACAAGAAGGUCCACAUCUGCGACGUGCGCGUCCACGAGGAGGAGGAGGCGCCGCCUUCGAGGUCGGCCACGCCCACACCCAACCCCGAGGAGGAGACGCCCUUGCGGACAGUGAGCGAGCAGGUGGACACCGACCACCGCAACCACAACGCGAAGAGCGAGAACGGCCUCUACCUCGGCCCGCUCGGCUCCGACAACCCUCCGGAGCUGACGAUCGGUCUCCCGACGCCCACCCUCCCCCCGACGCCCAUGCGGGAACCCAACGGUGGUAACAUGGCUGUCACGGUGGCCUCGCCCGCAGGCUCCCUACGGAGGGGCGUGCCCACGACGUCGAUGGAGGGCGACCAGAUGAGCGACAUUGACCCGUCGUCGUCGGACUCCGGCGUAGUGACGCGGUGCUCGGUCGUGAAGCCGCUCAAGCUGCGCUUCUGCCACCCGCUGCUCGGCAAGAAGCUGACGAAGCCCAAGCGCGAGCUGAUCGAUAUGGGGCGCGUGUCGACGCCGAAGGCCCGCGACCCCGAGAAGGAGAAGAGGCGGCUGGCGCGGAAGAAGGAGAAGAGGGCGACGCUGAUCCUAGGCCUCAUCAUGGGGUCGUUCAUCGCGUGUUGGCUGCCGUUCUUCAUCAUGUACAUCAUGGGGCCCAUCUGCCCGUCGUGCUACAUCCCCGUGUACGCCUUCGACCUCGCCUUCUGGCUCGGCUACAUGAACUCCGCUUUCAACCCCAUCAUCUACACCAUCUUCAACCGAGACUUCAGGCGUGCAUUCAGAAAGAUUAUUUUCAAAUAA